AUGUCGUGCCCUCGCCCCGCCGCCCCCCCGCCGCCCCUGCACGUGGCCGCCCGCGCCGUGCCCAGCAAGCCGGCACGCCCUCGCUGCACGUCCGACCUGCCGCUCGGCCGCGUCUCCUCCCGUCCGCCUGCGCCGCCCAGCCUCACCGACUCCCCGAAGGCGGGCUUGACGUGUCCCUCGGAGCCCUCGGGAGAGCUCGCCGAGGCUCCGAAGUCCGCCUCCGACAUGCCCUUCGACCUCUCCAAGGCCAGUCGCGAGGCCUCCGUCGGCUCGGCGUCGCGGCCGCUCGACCUCUCCGACUGCGACCAGCCGCUCGACCUCAGGGUGGACUUCAAGAAGCGGCGGACGGUCGCGGACGAGAACAUGAACCUCGUCCUGAGCCCCGGCCGCACCUCGCCCCCGGACGCCGGCCUGGAGCUCAUUCGCGGCCCCCCUCUUCCUUCGUCCUCGACCUCCGUCAGGCCGGAAUCCCCUGCGCCCCUGGAGAGGUCUCCAGGACGCCUUCCCGAGUGCCCGAGCCUCACGUACCCCGUCCACGCCUCCCUGGCAGCCGAGACUCCCUUGGCCCUCCUGUACCCCCGCCCUCUCCCCCCCUCCUCGCUGCUGUAUUCCAGGAUAGGGAAGGAGAUGUACCCGUCGCUUGUGCCCCGCCCCGCGCAGUACCCCCUGCACCCCCUGCCGACCCGCCCCUUCCCGUAUCCGCUCGUCAGAGGUUUCCCUUCGCUGCCCGCGCCCCCUCGCCCUCCCCCGCUCUUCGAGGCGUUUCGGGAGCGCCGCACUUCGGGGGGCGCAGCCCCGGGCAUGGCGGCGACGGGGCCGCACAAGCCGCGCGAGCGCUACGCGUGCAAGUUCUGCGGCAAGGUGUUCCCGCGCUCGGCCAACCUGACGCGGCACCUGCGGACGCACACGGGCGAGCAGCCGUACAAGUGCAAGUUCUGCGAGCGCUCGUUCAGCAUCUCGUCCAACCUGCAGCGCCACGUCCGCAACAUCCACAACAAGGAGAAGCCGUACAAGUGCCGCCUCUGCGACCGCGCCUUCGGCCAGCAGACCAACCUGGACCGCCACUUCAAGAAACACCAGAGCGAUGGCCCGACAAUCCUCGACGGCGCCGUCCACCGUCACCACCGCCGCCUCCUGCUGCCUCGCCCGCCACCCGACCUCUGGGGCACCGGGGUCCCUUCGGCCGCCGCCCCCCACCCUCAUCCUCCUCCUCCUCCCCCGCCCCUGACGCCCCUGAGACUCCCCAUGAGCUCUUCCUCGCCGCACCUCGACCUCUCCUCAGUCCUCCCCGCCCUCACCUACACCAGGCCCUCUCCGCCGCCCUCACAGACCUCGUUACUCACGCCCUCGUCUCUGCCCCUGACCUUCUCGCUCGCGCCCUCGCCGCCCGCCUCGCCGCCGCGGGACGAAGACGAGGAGGAGGAGGACAUCGACGUGGAGAACGAAGACGAGACCGAAGAGGAGCUGGAGGUGGGAGAGGAGGACCUGGCGGAGGGCAAGGCCGGUCAGAGGACGGGCGAGGGCGAACCGGAGACGGGCGAGCAUGAGCUAGAGGUCGAGGAGGAGGGGCAGGAAGGAGGCGACGAGGACUCUGAGGCCGGAGAGGAGGACCACCGAGUAUCCUUUGAGGUGACCAUCACGCCCGCGCAGCCGCUGGAGGGCGAGAGGUCAUCGCCGUCGGCCAGCGGAGAAAAAAUGGUGCAGGUGUGACUCGCUUUCCUGUGAGAAAAUGUGAACUAAAAAUAUUGAUGACAAAUUUGGAAAUAUCAGUUCAUUAGAAGCACGUACCUUAUCUAUGACUAAAUAAGAUUAACUUAAGUGACAAUCACCAUUUCCUGCAAGGCAAAUAAACAAUUCAAGUGCGUGGUCUUUCACAGUGUUAACGUUUUCCAACGAAACUGUACCGUGAUUUUUUCAGUGAGUUUGGUAAACGCGAUGACAAAAUAAGUGCACAGUGAAGGUGAACUAUUUACUUACCACAUCUAAGGACAAGUAAUCCAUGAAUAGCUGACACACUUCAUAACAGAGUUUCUACCAAAAAGCGAUGACAAUGUUUCACGUCAGAAAUACAUUAAGUGGUUUAUUCAAGGUAAUUUUACGAUAUAUAUAUCCAGUGAUGUUUACAUAAAACAGAACGCACGUAAUGACAUACGCUAACCAAGUGGCACAAUAAAAGAAAAGACAUGAUAAAAAAUUAAGGAACGAUUUAAGACAGUGUAGAAACUGAAACCAUUCGUCUUUCAGCUUUGUUUAAACGAAAGAGAAUAUAAAAAAAAUAAGAUAGUCUUGACCCACACGUCCACCUCAACACGCGAGGAGCUGUGGCACUAAAGGACUAACCUAGCUGUGAAUGCGCAUGCACAGACACACCCGUGCACGAUCCAGCAAUUGCAAGAAGAGGCUAAUUCAGGGCAGGGGAUCACCAGUACCUUGAGCACUGGCUCUGUAAAUACCUUCUCCUUCGUACCAUGAAUCAUGUGCAUUUUAUUUUUCUUCCGAGAGUACAAUUCUAAGUUCUUGUAUUUUUUCAUCCCUAGAAUAUUGCACGAGAAGUGUUACAUUGUCGCCUUGGCCUCCUUUACUAUAAAAGCAACGUUAAAAAAAAGUUUCAGAGUAAAGAUAAAUAUAAUAAAAGAUAAAGAGACAAAAAUACUUUGGUUUUCCCCGGCGACAGAGAUGCAGAU